AGUUCUGAAAAGAAGGAAAUAAACACAGGCACCAAACCAUGAUCCUAAGCUGAUUGUCCUUUAAAUAUGUCAAGAUCCAGACUUUUCAGUGUCACUUCAGUGAUCUCAACAAUAGGGAUCUUGUGUUUGCCACUAUUCCAGUUGGUGCUCUCGGACCUACCAUGUGAAGAAGAUGAAAUGUGUGUAAAUUAUAAUGAUCAACACCCUAAAGGCUGGUAUAUCUGGAUCCUGCGGCUGGUUUUGGUGGCAGCUCUUCUCUGUGGAGCAGUGGUUCUCUGCCUCCAGUGCUGGCUGAGGAGGCCCCGAAUUGACUCUCACAGGCGCACCAUGGCCGUUUUUGCUGUUGGAGACUUGGACUCCAUUUAUGGGACAGAAGCAGCUGUGAGUUCACCUGUUGGAAUUCACCUUCAAACUCAAACCGCUGACCUAUAUCCUGCUCCUGCUCCAUGUUUUGGCACGUUAGGCUCCCCACCUCCAUAUGAAGAAAUUCUACAAACAAGCUGAUUUUAGGUGUGGAUUAUCAAUUUAAAGCAUUAACGACAUCUGUAAUUCUAAAACAUCAAAUUUAGGAAGAGUUAUUUCAGUUAUCGGAAAUGUCCAGAGGUCUAUUCAUAUAGUCUGAGGAAGGACAAUUCGACAAAAGAAUGGAUGUUGGAAAAAAUUGGGGUCAUGGAGAUGUUUAAAUAGUAAAUUAGUGGGCUCUUGAUGUGUCACUGCUGUGUCAUACUUUUAUGCUACACAACCAAAUUAAUGCUUUUCCACUCAUACCCAAAUAGGCAACGAUUAGGUGCUGAAAGUUGUUUCCAUCACAUUUAAGACUCUACUGCAGUAUACAUCACACCAUUUUCUGCUUUAAACUCUCUCCUAGUGUGGAGUCCAUAAAAAUUAUUAUAAUUUAACAAUAGCCCAAGCCAAGAAUCCAACAUGUCCGGAACCAGAACCAGAACCAGAAAGAUAAUAUUUGAAUGAAGGCGAGGGGAGAGAUUAAGAAAAAGAAACGUUUGGAGUUGAAGGGUAAAGGACAAAUGAAGAGGAAAAGGAAAAGGUUACAAGUCUCAGUCUAAGAGGUUUUAUGCCUCAGCCUGAGGAGGAAGAAACUGUAGAUAGAAGGUGAAGGAGAUUGCUGAAGAUUUGGAGCACGUUUAAUGCCAAUACGGGGAGAAAAGAAAAGUUCCCUUUUACAGGAAUGAAUAUGGACUCCAUAGUCCAUAGUGUUUCCCUGGAGCCUCAAGGCUUGGCAUUUAUUGCAGCACCAUGCUAAGAACCUUCGGCAUAGAUACCUGUUCUCAUGAGGACUGCAGAAGUAGCAAUGAGAUAUCUUCAAGUGGCAUUUUGGCAGUGGCCAUCAGCAGGGGGACAGAAAAAAACAUCCAUGCAGAUGCCAUAUGAUCUUCAGCUGACAAAUUUGUUGAACAAAACAAUAAACAUCAAUAGAUAUCUAAAA